GCACAGCCUUGCCUGGAUCAUUGGAAGGACAAGAAAAGUACUCAAAAUGAUGUCAGGUCUUUUUCUCGCUCUGGCUGUCCUAGCCGGUGCCGCCAAUGCAUGCAUCUAUGAUUGCAACAGUCUGUACGGCUCCCUAUACUGCACUGAUUGUGAGCCAACGACGACAACGACGACACUUCCCCCACCAAAGUGUAUGGCAAACAACGAUGAUCGACUCUGCUGUGACACUGAUCCAUCCGCAUGUCCAGAGGUUGACUGUUCGUGUGAAGCGCCAGACUCCAUAUACUGUCAAAUUUUUUCUUGCGAUUCCGUCUAUAGCAAUAUGUGCUCAAAAUGUUACGUACCGCCAACAACAACGACAACAGCUACGACAACAACAGCGGUGUCAGUACCAGUCUUCUGUCUUGGAGGAGGACUGUACUGUGGGUUUGAUAUCUGUUGUCCUGCCGACGCCUGUGCGGAACAUCCAAACUGUUUCGUGCCACCAGAGACAACGACAGAGGAGCCAGAGGAGCCGGAGACAACGACGACAGAGGAGCCAACGACGACUGAGGAGGCAACGACAACGGAGGAGCUGACGACAACGGAGGAACUGACAACAACGGAGGAGCCAGAGACAACAACGACAGAGGAGCCAACGACAACGGAGGAACCAACGACAACGGAGGAACUGACGACAACGGAGGAACCAGAGGACCCAGAGACAACAACGACAGAGGAGCCAACGACAACGGAGGAACCAACGACAACGGAGGAGCCAACGACAACGGAGGAGCCAACGACAACGGAGGAGCCAACGACAGUUGCCGCUGUGACAAGGUGUGCAUAUAAUGACUUCCUGACAACAACAAGGAUAUUAGGUGGCACUGAAGCAACGUCGUGCCAGGAUGCACCAGGAUUUGUCAGUAUCAACGUUGUAGUUCCCGGGGGUGAUCCUCUACCAAUCUGUUCUGCCGUUCUCGUCUCUCCUGACACUAUCUUCACAUCCGACUUUUGUAUGACACAGCUGGCUGCGAUUCCAGAGGCAUUCACAGUUGCUGUCAAUGACUUCAGCGGUACACAGGUGGCCACAAUCCCUGCAAGAACAGGCGAAGACGGUCUGCUAACUCUUGACGCACCCUUGACCUUUGAUGGGGCUAGUUGCCUCUUGCCUGCCUGUAUUGCUGACGAUACAAUGGAGCUAGACAUGGCAUCCUGCACGAUGUUCGGCGCAGGAGUCAUCGACGAGACAGCAUCAACAUUCCAAGGAAUCCAGUCAGCUGCGGUCUCCAUCACGGGAACGUGUACUGACAACACCAACGUCUGCAGCGAAUCAACGGCUCAAACAUGUAUUGGGGACGCAGGUGGCCCUCUGAUAUGCCCCGACCAGACCGGCCAGUUAGUUACAGCAGGUCUUGUUGCCGACAUGCCGCCCGUUUGUUCAGGCCCACCCGAGUUCGUCAGUCUCCUCCCUGACGCAUUUGACGCCUCGGUUCUUCCUGCUUAUUAAAUCCAAUCAGUGGGA